AUGCAUAUCAACAGUCUCGUCGCUGUAGGCUGGCUCGCCUCUGCCGCCGCCGCCGUCGCCGUCAACCCGCUCCCAGCGCCACGCUCCAUCACCUGGGGCUCGUCGGGCCCAAUCUCUGUCCCCGACCACAUCGAUGUCAGAUUGCCCAGGAACAACUCGAUUCUGACUCAGGGAUGGAACCGUGCCUGGAGCAAGGUCGUUGAGCUGCAAUGGGUUCCCAAGGCCACCGAGGCCCCGAUCGCCACCUACGAGCCUUUCCCCACGGCCGCCGCUGUUCCCAAGUCAAAGCGACACGAGAACGCUAUCCGCAGCGUCUCCGUCAAGGUCUCCGAUUUGGGUGCUGAAUUGCAGGAGGAUGUGGACGAGUCGUACACCAUUGACAUCAAGGAGGGUUCGUCGACCAUCCACAUCGAAGCUGAGACUGUCUGGGGUGCUCUCCACGCCUUUACCACUCUGCAGCAGAUCGUCAUCUCGAACGGCAAUGGCUUGAUCAUUGAGCAGCCCGUCCACAUCAAAGACUCUCCUAUCUACGCGUGGCGCGGUGUCAUGAUUGACACUGGCCGCAACUUUAUCACCGUGCCCAAGAUCAAGGAACAGAUUGACGGCUUGGCCCUCUCCAAGCUGAACGUCUUGCACUGGCAUCUGGAUGACAGCCAGUCGUGGCCCAUCGAGAUGGAGUCGUUCCCCGAGAUGACCAAGGAUGCCUUUUCCCCGGCCGAACGAUUCUCACACCAGGACAUUCUCGACGUCGUUGAGUACGCCCAUGUCCGCGGUGUUCGUGUUCUCCCUGAGGUCGAUAUGCCCGGCCACUCGGCUUCUGGAUGGCAGCAGGUUGACCCCAGCAUCGUUGCUUGCGCCCACUCGUGGUGGUCCAAUGACGACUGGACGUACCACACCGCUGUUGAACCCAACCCUGGUCAACUGGACAUCCUCAACAACAAGACCUACCCUAUUGUCGAAAAGGUGUACAACGAGCUCUCUACUCUUUUCCGCGACAACUACUUCCACGUUGGUGGUGACGAGCUGCAGACCAACUGCUACAACUUUAGCUCCAAUGUGGUGGACUUCCUCGCUGCGGACCCGAGCCGCACAUACAACGACGUGACACAGUACUGGGUCGACCAUGCCUUCCCUAUCUUCAAGAAGGUGAAGGACCGCAAGCUCGUUGUCUGGGAGGAUCUUAUUAUCAACGACCCCCACGCGCCCAACGUGUCUACCGAGGGUCUCCUCGUGCAGUCCUGGAACAACGGCAUUGCCAACAUCGACAACCUGACCAGAUUGGGCUAUGACGUCUUGGUUUCUUCUUCUGACUUUAUGUACCUCGACUGCGGCUACGGUGGCUUUGUCGGCAACGAUCCUCGUUACGAUGUGCAGUCCAACCCUGAUGCCGCCUCCGGCCUCGCCAACUUCAACUACGGUGGUAACGGUGGCAGUUGGUGCGCUCCAUACAAGACAUGGCAACGUAUUUACGACUACGACUUCACUACCAACCUGACCGAUGCCCAGGCCAAGCACGUCAAGGGUGCCAUUGCCCCAUUGUGGUCGGAGCAGGUCGACGACAGCUGCGUGUCCACCAAGAUGUGGCCACGUGCCGCCGCCCUUGCUGAGCUGGUCUGGUCUGGCAACAAGGACCCCAAGACCGGUCUCAAGCGCACCACCCAAUUGACCCAGCGUCUCCUCAACUUCCGCGAGUAUCUUCUUGCCAACGGCGUCCAGGCGUCGCCUUUGAUGUCCAAGUACUGCUUGUCGCACCCUCACGCUUGCGAUCUGAACUACAACCAGACUUCUGUGUUGUAG